AACAGACGCGAAGAUGAUGCGUUUUCUGGUAUUCACUGCUCUCUUAGCCACUGCGCUAGCCGUCAAUUACGAUGGAUACAAGGUAUUCCGUGUCACCCCUAAAGAUCGCCUGCAGCUGGAGAAGCUAGUCGUUCUCAAGAGCGUACUGGGAAACUAUGUCAAUUUCUGGAAGGAACCUGCUGACGUCGACCGCCCCGUGGACAUGCUAGUCAGCCCCGAGUACCAAGAUCUCGUUCUCGGCCUCGUCAACGGUCGCGAUCUGGACGUCGAAGUCACUGUCGAUGACCUCCAAACGGACAUCGACGAGGAGAGGGCUGGGACUACAGCCACGUUCUCAUACACUCAAUUCAACACCCUUGACCUGAUUGAAGGAUGGAUGAAUGACUUGGCAGCCCAGUAUUCAAGUAUAGUGUCAGUCGUCACAGUCGGUAGCUCUUACGAAGGACGCGACAUCAAGGCCUUAAAGAUCGGAACGAAUCAGUUUAGUAACUCGAAGAGGUCAGUAUGGUACGAAGGUGGUAUCCACGCUCGUGAAUGGAUCUCCCCUGCUACAAUGAUCUACAUGACCAAACUGCUCCUUGAUGGAUACGAUUCGAAUGACCAAGACGCCACUACGAUGAUAGAGGAGCUACACACGUACAUCUUGCCUGUCUAUAACGUCGACGGAUACGAGUUUACUUGGACCUCUGAUCGUAUGUGGCGUAAGACCCGCAGCCCUAAUUCAGCUUCCACUUGCGUCGGAACUGACCCUAACCGAAACUGGGACUACGAAUGGGUCGCAAAAGUUUCGAAGUGUUCUGAGUCCUACCCUGGAACCCAUCCCUGGUCCGAGAUCGAAGUCGAGACCGUGACGGAUUACAUCACCAAUCUCAACAGCGUCGAGGCCUUCAUUGACUUCCACGCAUACGGAGAGAUGUGGAUGACUCCGUGGGGUUAUACCGAAUCUUUACCAACAGACUAUACCGUCCAGAAAUCUGUAUCAGACAGUGCCGUAUCAGCCAUGGGUAAUAGAUCGUACAAGACUGGCUCUAUCGCCAACGUUAUCUACCAAGCAUACGGCUCGAGUGUGGAUUGGACGUAUGGAGCGUUAGGUAUCGUCCACUCCUACGCUGUGGAGCUCCGUGGAACCUCCUUCGUUAUCAGCCCAACCCAAAUCGAUGACUCGGGUAUAGAGACGUACGAAGCUCUGAAAUACGUCUCACUAUACGCCAUCCAAAAUCCAUCUAGAAAAUAGUUCUAGCUCGGAUUUCGUCAGCCUAGUGAAAUUAUUGUUGCCUGGGUCAUUUUUUGAGACCAAAUUGAUAUUUUCCCGCCUAUGUGAGGUCUUUUUUUUAAUCAUACCUU